CUCGCGAUGUGAUGUCGCUUCAAACCUGUCCGUGAGCCUUUGCGGUUCCUCUUUCUAGCCAGCGCCUGAGAAUGGGUAUCUCGAGGGACAACUGGCACAAGCGCCGCAAGACCGGUGGCAAAAGGAAGCCCUACCACAAGAAGAGAAAGUAUGAGUUGGGGCGCCCUCCUGCAAACACCAAAAUUGGUCCACGUCGCAUCCACACGGUGAGAGUCCGUGGUGGGAAUAAGAAGUACCGUGCUCUGAGGCUGGACGUGGGCAACUUCUCUUGGGGAUCAGAGUGCUGCACUCGUAAAACCAGGAUCAUUGAUGUGGUGUACAAUGCCUCCAACAAUGAGCUGGUGAGAACGAAGACGCUGGUGAAGAACUGCAUCGUCCUCAUCGACAGCACCCCCUACAGGCAGUGGUAUGAGGCUCACUACGCUACCCCCCUCGGCCGCAAGAAGGGCGCCAAGCUGACUCCUGAAGAGGAGGAGGUCCUGAACAAGAAAAGGUCGAAGAAGAUCCAGAAGAAAUUUGACGAGCGCAAAAAGAACUGCAAGAUCAGCACCCUUCUGGAGGAGCAGUUCCAGCAGGGCAAACUGCUCGCCUGCAUUGCCUCCAGACCUGGGCAGUGUGGCAGAGCUGACGGCUACGUCCUGGAAGGCAAGGAGCUGGAGUUCUACCUGAGGAAAAUCAAGGCCAAGAAAGGCAAAUAAAUGUAUAGAGCUGUUUGAUACCACACCAAUAAAAACCCAAAUGCCCUCA